AUGGAUCUCAGCCUUCAAAGACGGCUCACCUUCAAACACUCAGCUUACCACCUUCUCUAUCUUCUUUUCACCCAAUCAUGUCUCUUAUUUUGGGCAGUGGCCACUCAGAUGUUCCCACCACUCAAGGGAAGAAUGGGAAAAAGGAAAUUGGCCGUGCUUCUGCAAACUAUCACCCUAGUGUGUCUGGAGAUCGAUUCAUUGCAGCAUCUUUAGAUGAGAAGGAGCUUGAUCCAUACACUAAGCAACGUGCUGAAAAACUGAAGGAAGAAGUGAAGAAAAUUCUCUCUGAUGUCAAUAACUCAGUGCAAAAAUUGAAUUUGAUUGAUGCAAUUCAGUGCCUCGGUGUGGCUUACCACUUUGAAACAGAUAUAGAAAAGGAAUUGCAACGGAUCUAUGAUGACUAUAACGAUAAUGGUGAUAAUCUCCAUGCUGUUGCUCUUCGAUUUCGACUACUAACGCAACGAGGAUAUAAUGUGUCAUCUCAUGUGUUUAGAAAGUUUAAAGACAAUGAUGGUAAGUUCAAGGCCACAUUGAGCAGUGACAUAAGGGGUUUGUUAAGUUUAUAUGAAGCGGCAUACCUCCGAAUACAUGGGGAUGAUAUACUCGAUGAAGCCAUUACUUUCACCACGAUGCACCUCAAAUCAGCAAUGCCGCAUCUUACAUCUCCCCUAGCACAGCUAGUAGAACUUGCAUUAGAAGUACCACUUGGAAAGCACGUGGAGAAGCUACAGCCAAGGUACUACAUCUCAAUCUAUGAAAAAGAUAAGGAACGAAGUGAUGUGCUAUUGGAGUUUGCAAAGUUAGAUUUCAAUAUAUUACAGUCAUUGCACGAGAGGAAGCUAAGAGACAUCUCAAGCUCUGAUUGUUCAACCAGCCAUUUGCAAGUAAAAGGAAAGGAGGAGAUCGUUCGCCGCUCUGCAAAAUACAAACCUAGCGUUUGGGGUGACCACUUCAUUGCAUCCUCUCCGCAGGUGCCUGAUGCACGGAUUAAUGAAAGGAUUGAAGAACUGAAGAAAGAAGUGAAGAGGAUGCUAAGGACUGAUAGUGGGCCAUUUCAAAAAAUGAGCUUGAUUGAUGAAAUCCAACGUCUCGGUGUGGCUUAUCACUUUGAGAUGGAGAUUGAAGAGGCCAUGCGCCAGAUAUAUGAUGCCCAUAUCAACGGUGAUUAUGAUGGUGGUGAUGAUCUGCAUGCAGUGGCGCUCCAAUUUCGAUUGCUAAGACAACAUGGAUACAACAUACCACCUGAUGUAUUUGAAAAGUUCAAAGAAGAUGAGUGCCACUUCAAGGCCAGCUUAUGUACCAACGUGAAGGGUUUAUUAAGCUUGUAUGAAGCAGCAUAUUUAAGCACACGAGGAGAACGCAUAUUAGACGAAGCCAUUGCUUUCACUAGCAAGAACCUAAGGGCUAUGGUGGCCCACCUUGAAUCUCCUCUCUCUACUCAAGUAGCCCAUGCCCUUGAGCUACCGCUACGCAAGGGCAUGCCAUGCCUAGAGGCCAGGCGCUACAUAUCUUUGUACCAAGAGCUUGAGUGCAGGACCGAUGUACUUCUCGAACUUGCCAAGUUGGAUUUCAAUCUUCUGCAGUCAUUGCACCAGGGAGAGAUUGGAGAACUCUCGAGGUGGUGGAGAGCCGUUGAUUUUGCCUCAAAAUUACCUUUCGUUAGGGACCGUUUGGUUGAGUGCUACUUUUGGAUAUUGGGUGUGUAUUUUGAGCCACAAUACUCAUUUGGUAGAAUCGCGGUCACAAAACUUAUAUCCAUUGCAUCUGUCAUGGAUGACAUAUACGAUGUGUACGGUACACUGGAGGAACUCAAACCAUUCACAGAAGCAAUCCAACGGUGGGACAUUGGGACCAUGGAUCAGCUGCCAGAAUACAUGCAAGUCUGUUUCCAUGCACUCUACAACGUUGUCAAGGAAAUUGAGGAGAAGACCACAGAUGAAGGACGAUCCUACACUGCACACUACUCCAAAGAAGCUAUGAAAGCUUUGACAAGGGCCUAUUUGAUGGAGGCCCACUGGUUCAGCACGGGACAUGUUCCAACCUUGGAUGAAUACUUGGAGAUUGCAGUCAUGUCCAGUGGUUACCCGAUGCUAGCUGUCCAAGCCCUGGUCGGUUUGGGAGAUGUAGCCACGAAGGAAGCCUUCGAUUGGGUGCUGAGUGUACCUAAGAUCGUAUGGUCCACUGGUCUAAUCGCUCGUGUCGUAGAUGAUUUACAAACGAACAAGGUUGAGCAAUCUAGAGGAGACAAUGCUUCAAGUGUCCAAUGUUACAUGAAAGAACACGGUGUUACCGACGAAGAAGCUUGCCAAGCCCUACAAAAGCUGGUAACUGAUGCAUGGAAAGAUAUAAACAAGGCGUGCCUUAGGCCCACACCAUUCCCUGGGCCCAUCCUUGCGCCAUCACUCAAUCUCGCCCGUAUGAUGGAAGUCUUGUACCAGAAUGGCGAUGAAUAUACUGAUUCUGCAGGACAGACUAAGGAACGUAUUGCAUCAUUACUCGUCGAUCCAAUCCCUAUUUGAUAAUGCAGUUGUUUUGUUGAAUUGACCUAUCUUCAUCUGGACCCACAGUUUGAAGGGACUAGGUUGCUUUAUAUGUAUCAUAUGCUUGUAGCAGACGUGUGCAUGUCAAUGCAUCAUUUUGCAUUUAAAUUUUAAGGUGAACCUACAAUUAGUCAUGCAAACCUGUUGUUGAUGAUGUUUUCUGGCUAA